AAUAGUGGAAAGUUACAAAUUUUGGAAUACAAGUGUUUUCUUUUGGAACCAGUUAUUUAAUGUACUGGAAUGAUGGUUGGCAUGUAAUGAACUUUGUUUAAUGAUUUUAGUCAAGAACAUUUCAUAUGUAAUGAAGACAUCUAAAUUUGCACUACGGAUAAAAUUGUUGAUUGUUUGAUAUUGAAAAUGAAUGUUUAAGUUGUUCUUAAGUAGCUAAUUUCUUAACAUUAUUGUUAAUCUAUUCCUUCUUUGAACAAAAAGGAUAGUUGCUAAUGAAUCUGGAAUAACCUAUAAAAAAGGAAGUUAAAAACUAAUUUACACCAUUUUGCAGAAACCAGUGAAAAAAGGAUGGCGAAUAAUACUCUCGGAAAUUUCACCGAAUAUCUAUUAGAAGAAAAAGUUGGAAUACUGAUAUGGAAAAUAUUUCCACCAGUGAUGAUAGUUCUAGGAACUGUUGGAAAUAGUUUAUCUAUUAUUGUGUUGACUCGAAAAUCCAUACGGUCUUCAACAACCGCUGUUUAUUUGACGGUCUUGGCUUUCUCCGACCUAAUUGUUUUGUAUGCUGGGCUUUUGAGACAAUGGAUAAUUUAUCUGUUUGAUGUAGAUAUAAGAAAACUGACCGAGUUUGGCUGUAAAAUAAACAUCUGGUUGGUUUACAGCUCUCUGCAUUUUUCGGCUUGGAUCCUCAUCGUACUGACUAUGGAGCGGGUGAUUUCAGCCUGGUUACCACAUAAAGCGCGAACGUUGUGUAAAAGAAAAAGCGCUAUCGCUUUAGUAAAUUGUCUUGGCGUUUUUAUUCUUGGACUUAACAGUCACAUGCUGUAUGGAAUGGUCUUUAAGUACUCAUUUGACGACGAUGGAAACUUACAAUAUGCGAAAUGUGUUGAGAUCGACGAAAAUUAUGAUGUAUUUUUUAACAAAACAUGGCCGUGGAUAGAUUUUUGUGCAUUUUGUUUCAUUCCAUUCUCAGUUAUCCUUAUUGGAAAUGCUUUGAUUUUAAUUAAAGUGCUAGCAAGUAGAAGGAAAGUCAUUUCACAAGUGGUUCCAAUACGUAAAGAUGGGAGAGAUCAUUUAGCCGGUCGCAAAACUAAACAGGCCUCAAUGCCAGUUCUCCUUUUUACUUUAAACAUCGUGUACUUAUUGAGUACAUCACCAGUUAGUAUUUACAAUAUUGGAUAUACGUUCUGGAUAAAGAAUGCAAACCAACAAGAAACAGCAGUUCUUGAUUUAUGGUUGGCCGUAGUGAACAUAUUUAUGUAUGUCAACAACUCGCUGAAUUUCUUUUUAUAUUGUUUAAGUGGCACAAAAUUCAGACGUGAAGUUAGACGAAUCAUUUGUGUUUGGAGACAGGGGAAAGGAAUUCGAAGCAAGCAAGGGGCUGUUAACUAUGAUAAUACUCGAAGGACCCUUACUGCCAGGUCGCCUAAACAUUCUAUAUUCACUACAAGGAAUAGUCAAAUACAACACCAAAGCAAUAUGCGUGAAUCCAAUUGAUGACACCAAUGAGAGAUCAAACGUUUUACUAAUUUAUAAUUAAUUUGAUAUUUGGUGUAGAUAAGGAAGUGUGUUUACAUUUUCUACAUCUUACUUAUUUGUAUGCUUACACUUUCACAAUCCCCCAGCCAGAAAAAAAAAACAACAAUAGCAAAACAAAUCAAAAUCAGAUAAUUAUAUCAAAUGGAGGGAAAAGGAGUGAUUUUUAUUUUUAUUUAUUGUUUGUGUGUACACCUGUGACAAUGCAUUCAAUUUAAGUGUCAUCAAUGAGACGCUAGGGAAAUAUCAUUAAUGUUCAGAUAAUUGAUAUUAAUUAAUCCAAUAGUACCUAUCAACCUUAAAAUCAUUUUCCUUUGUCUUUUCUGGUGUGUUUCCCUGGGGAAAAUCAUCAUAUCUAUCUUGAACUCGACGUGGAAAGGACAUAAUAUAUAAAAGUAGAAAACUGUCAAAAUUACAAACUUUGCGAAUUGAUGAAUUGUCCGACAACAUUGUAACAUUGUUAAAUAUCAAGAAACGUUUUUAUGUUUUUUUUUGUUUGUUUUUUCUUUUUGUUUUUUCUUUAUGGCGGAAAAUGAUCACAACUCUAGAUCGCAGUCACUGUAAAUCAAUGCCUAGUGUUCUUGAAAAUGUGUGCUUUUGGACGUAGGAAACAAUCCUGCUAUUUCACGAUGUAUUUCAGCAAUUUUUCAUUUAAGGUGAUUA